CUCAAUUCUAUUAUUGGUUCCUGUUGGGUAGCCCAUAUCAAUCAUACCACGCAGUUGGCCAGGACAGGUAGUUUGGAAAGGUCUAGAAAGAUAAAACUUCGUAAACUACAGCUUUGUGUACAGCAUAGACUAAGUUUUGGAACGGUCAGCUGUGAUAAUCUGCUGAGUCUGGUGGUGUCCAGCCGGUCAAGACUGACCCGUGGGCCCGUGUGUACCAGGCCUCCCAAGCAGGACCUUGACAGUGUGCUGGUGGUCACGUAAGCAGGCACACGCCCGAUUAUUAUGAUUCCACUGUUACCAAAAAAGUUCACAACCAUUCUGACGGCAUCUCCACUUCUUGCACCAACCAAAACCUGUCCGAUGUCUCUGAUCGCAGACCCCAACAGUAAAUACCAGUGGCGUACCAGUCGUGAAUUUCUGUACUCUUCGUGUCAGAAAAACGACGCAGAUUUUCAGUCUUGAACCUUUAUUAUUUAUCGUGGGUAAAAAUCUACUUGUUCAAAACCAGACGACCGGAAAGACAACAAAAUGUCUUCUGUGUCGAGUUCGUCUGAUAUGGACGAAGAUUGGAUGCAUAUGUUGCCUCUGACGGAGAUAGAGGUUGUAGAAGAGGAGGAAACGUCGUCAGACUCAGCGGAGGAAGUCCCACGUUCAGUGUCAAAACAGAGGCGAGUAUCGUUUGCAUCCAUCCGCCGACAGCGUACACUGGGCACUCUCUCGUCCCUGAGACCAGCCUCCGAGCCCAUCGCCAUACCCGAACGCGAAAAAGUUCCCAAACAGAGUGAGGAACCGGUCUCUAUUCCCGUGAGAAACUGGCGGAUCGCCAUCAGGAAGGCUCGGGAGUUCGUGAGGAACACUCCCGAUGCCUGGCAGGAGUUCGGAUUGGAGAAGCACGAGACGGAAAAGGCCACUAGACAUCGGUACAACGCCCUGAGAAAGUCAUGGUUGGAGGACACGGUUCUGGUCAAGAUGGAGGACGAGCCAUUCGACCAUGGAGCCAUGAGAGAAUGUUUUCGCUUGAAGAAGCUGUCCAACUUCUCCAGGUCCUUAGACUGGAACCGUGCGUCGAACUACGUGGCCAAACGGUACAUUGAGAAGGUGGAGAGGGAUGUGUACUUUGAGGACGUUAAACUCCAGAUGGACGCCAAGCUGUGGGGAGAGGAGUUCAACCGACAUGACCCUCCGAAGAAGGUGGAUAUUAUGCAGGUUGUUAUUCUGGAGUUUAAGGACCGACCUGGCUCUCCUCUGUACCACCUGGAGCACUUCAUCGAGGGGAAGUACAUCAAGUACAACUCUAACUCUGGCUUUGUAGAGGACGAGGCACUCAGGUGCACCCCACAGGCAUUUAGUCACUUCACGUUCGAGCGCUCGUCCCACAACAUCAUCGUGGUAGACAUCCAGGGGGUGGGGGACCUGUGGACCGACCCCCAGAUCCACACCAAGGAGGGGACGGACUAUGGGGACGGGAACCUGGGUACCAAGGGCAUGGCGCUGUACUUCCACUCCCACUCCUGUAACAGGAUCUGUAAGGCCCUGAACCUCACCGCCUUCGACCUGUCCAACAGUGAGAUCGCUAACCUGGAGAGGGCACAGGUUAUACAGACAUCAUCAAAAACGAUCUUGCGUGGAUCGGAGGAAAUCGUGAUCGACCCAAGGCUGAAGAAUACAGGCGACAUCACACUGUUUCUUCGCCAGCGCUCCGAGAGUCCUCGCAACUCCCCGCGUGUGUCGGAAUCAGAGGAUGUCCACAUGAUGUCAUCCUCUGUUUCCCCGCCGUACUCCCCUGUGAAUUUCUUGGAUGACGACCCGUUUCCACCGAGUCUGCGCCGCCUUCGAUCAGACUCUGAAAACAGCUCUAUCACUCGGGGCCGUGUACGAUAUGACAGUGAAAUGAGUGAUUGUUUUGAUGACACCAUGUCACCAGAGGAGGAAGCGGAGCACGAGGAAUUUGCCCGCCGCCAAGUGAGCCGACCAUCCUGCGUGAAUCUGGAGGUCAAUUUCCGCAGGAUGUCCUUGAUUCAAGGUCAGCUCACUGGAGGUUCUAUCCUGGGAGAGAGGAACCCUCGUGUUUGCACGGAGGGGUCAAUACUAGGACGGGUGCAUCUGGAGAUGGCAAAAUACCAUGAGAACGGUAGGUUUGCCCCACAACAAGGACUGAACAUGCUGCAUGAGGAGGAGGUGGACUGGGACUCGGCCAUCUUCCAUCUGGAGAAGGCUGCUGUGUGUGGAGUUCUGGAGGCCAUCGUGGCUCUGGCCAGGAUGUUCCUGCAGUUGCCUCAUGAUGUGCUAGAGGGGGCUCAUGUUGAGAACACAGAAGAAAACACCAACCGAGGUGUAGACUACAUGCGGAUGGCAGCGGUUGCAGGGGAUCGCGGUGCCAUGAUCUACUUGGCAAAUGCCUACCAUACCGGCUCGGGCCUUGGAACUGAAAGAGAUAUAGACUGGGUAGAAGCCACCCGCUGGUACGACCAGGCUGUUAACCAGUCAGGUGAGGAUGAGGAGGGUUGUUAUGAUGCCACCAUGGAGGAACCAGCCUAUUUACUGAUGGCCAAAGAAGCUGAGCUGUACAGGGAGGGUGGGCAUGGGCUGGAGAAGGACCCUGAAAGAGCUGCGGAGCUGUACAAUGAUGCUGCAGAGCAGGCCAUGGCUGCCAUGAAGGGUCGCCUGGCCAGCAAGUACUUCAUGUUUGCAGAGGAGUGUUGGGGAGAGAUGGAGGAAUGAGACAUGUACAGGGAACAAACAUCAUGCUACGGUCAAGUUUCCCAGCCGGGCUGUUAGCGGAAAUGAAAAAUCAAAAUUCAUAUCAAUGAGUAUGGCCAAUUUUGCUUUUGAAUUAUUUUGGGAACAUUUUGUGCCUUUGUUGUUGUUCCCCAAAACUGCCCGGCUGGGCCCCGGAUGAGAAAUGUGACCUUACUAUAGCAUCAAACAUAUAGCUACUUGAAACAUUUUCUUUUGUUCUGAGUACCAUGGUUUCUAUCACUUGUUAGUUGAUUAUUCCUUUUUCAUGUUUUGGAAAGGUGCCUGAGUGUGGUUCUAGCUGCAAGCAGCUAAAUGUUUAAGGAAAAUACCAACCAUGACUUUUCAUUGUACUGUCAUUUUUUAUUUUUCAAGAAGGGCACAGAGAAUGUCUUUUUUGUCAGGUUUUUGAGUGAUGGAUACUUUUCCUUUCACAUUUCAGAUAAAGAUUACAGCAUUGCCUCUUUAGCCCAGUUCUUCUUUUACUUUCCAUGAAUGUACAGAAAGUUGUACAUAAAGAGUGAAGCUUUGUAAUAUACAUGGUUAUGUUAUCGUAAAAUUAGAAAACACAAAAAGAAAUCCUGUAUGGAAGCA